UUGCCGUCUAGUUUGGAUUAAUAUUUGCCGUCAAGUUUGGAUUAAUAUUUUUAAAUCAUUUCAAAACAUGAUACAAAAAAUGUCAGAAAAGAGUCUUAACGACACUGAGGAAUAUACAAAUAUAAAAGAAGUACUAUCAAUAUCUGAACCUAUGCUAAGUCAUGAUGUUAGUUAUGUUACUCACAAAGAGUUAAAUGACAUGUCAAAUGAAGUAAAUCAGUAUGAGAAACUAUCCUACAAAAAGCACAAUGGCGAGCAUUGUUUUGUAAAAAGAAGUGAUUCAGAAGAAUGGCAACUUUCUGAAAUAAUACACAGUCGAAAGCAAGCUGAUGGACUGAUAGAAUAUUAUGUUCACUAUCAAGGAUGUAAUAGAAGAUUAGAUGAAUGGGUACCUCAAGACCGUGUUGAUCGAACAAGAUCUAUACCUGAACAGGAAAUAAAACCAAAUGUUGAUUUAGUGUCAAUUGAAGGAGAAAACAUUGAUCGUAAAAUCACAAGAAACCAAAAACGAAAACAUGAUGAAAUUAAUCAUGUCCAAAAGAGUUAUGAAGAGAUGGACCCUACAACAGCAGCCCUGGAAAAAGAACAUGAAGCUAUUACACGUGUAAAAUAUAUAGACACUAUUGAGAUGGGAAAAUAUGACAUUGAUACUUGGUAUUAUAGUCCAUAUCCUGAUGAAUAUUCAAAACAAAAAAAGUUGUUUAUUUGUGAAUAUUGCAUUAAAUAUAUGAAGUUCGAAGCAACAUACAGACGUCAUUUGGAAAAGUGUAAGUUGCGUCAACCACCUGGUCGAGAAAUUUAUCGCAAAGAUUCUAUUUCUGUUUAUGAGGUUGAUGGUAAAGACUACAAAAUCUACUGCCAAAAUAUAUGUCUACUUGCUAAACUGUUUCUUGAUCACAAAACGCUUUAUUUUGACGUUGAGCCAUUCCUUUUCUAUAUUCUAACAGAGGUUGAUAAAGAAGGGGCACAUAUGGUGGGAUAUUUUUCAAAGGAGAAAGAUUCACCUGAAGGUAAUAAUGUGGCUUGUAUUUUAACACUGCCACCAUAUCAACGAAAAGGUUAUGGAAAAUUUCAAAUUGCAUUUAGCUAUGAGUUAUCAAAAAUUGAAGGACUAAUUGGAUCUCCAGAAAAGCCGUUAUCUGAUCUUGGCAAAUUAAGCUACAGAAGUUACUGGACAUGGGUUUUACUAGAUGUUCUGCGAACCUCAUCAGGCACUCUAUCAAUAAAGGAUUUAAGUGUUUUAACCAGUAUUACACAAGAAGAUUGCAUUGGUACAUUACAGUCCUUAAAUAUGGUGAAGUAUUGGAAAGGUCAGCACGUCAUAUGUGUUACUCCGAGGCUUAUUGAAGAUCAUUUAAAAACAUUUCCGUCAAAAAAACCACCACUUACUGUAGAUCGUGUUUGCUUACUUUGGUCUCCGCCAUACAAAAAGAAAAUGAAAAAGUAGUGCGUCAUAUGGUUACAUUAUAUGAUUACGUUAUAAAGGUUACGCAAGAUUAUAGUUAUAUUUUAAAUAACGACACAUUCAUUUAUGCUUAAUUCAUUCAUGCUUAAUUAAAUUUAUUGUAAAGUGUGAUGAAACAAACAUAAGAAGUAAGAAUUAAACUUUGUAUAAA